CUCAGAUGGAAUAGGAUAUGUUACCGUUUUAUAUUUCAUCGGCUUUAUCAAUGAGAAGGUAUUUAGAAAAUGGAUAACACACUACUUGUAGCCUGGUAUGCGCUCGUCAUUCAUUGGCUGGGCGUCAGUGCUCUGAUUGGACUAAGACCAGCCAACCAAAGCCCUCACAAGGAUGAUAACUACUCUCGUCCCGCGCCGACUUCACCAAAACCACAUCAAUCGCUAUAUUCUCAGCUCCAUUCUCCAUAUGAGCUGCCCAAAUUUAUCCACAACUAUACGAUAAAGGAGAUGUCCAAUCAAGCUACAGAUCGAAACAGAUGUGACCUUUCUUCAUCCAUUCAGUGCUCGGCGAGGCUUCUACGCCAAGCUACUGCAAAUGACACAGCUAUAUGUCAUGAUGUUGAGACAUUUGGUCGGUGUGUAAUUGGCAGUCUCAGAAAAGUUGGUAGGAGGGAAUUCGUUAUGGGUGUUACAGCUUUCCAGAAAUUACAUAUCAAGCUUCGAGACGAAUAUCGUUGCCAUGGAAACAUGACUCCUGUUGUAGAUGUAUCCCAUGCUAGACAUUUGAUUUCUAAACGACAAGGCGAUUCUUGCUGCAUUGAACAACUUUCACAGUGUUCGUUUCAAACAUAUAUGAAAAUUAUCAGCAACAGAACAAACAAGUGCUCCGGAAUAUCUUACUUAAAUGUCUGUUUGAAUGAAAACGUGUGUGGAAGAAAAGUUAUUAUGAAAUCUUUGGAGGAAAUGUUAAGGCGGUUAAUGUUCACAUGCCAGUAGAUUUAUCUCAAUAUGGUCUGUUAACAAUAUGACUAAAGGGUCAGUUACAUAUGUUGACCAAUGAAUUUAAUUAUUUAACUGGAAUCUACAGCGUCAAGCCUAAUAGCCGAUACUUAACAAUACAGGUCCAACAGAUCCUUAACGAGAGACAAACAACAUCACAUUUAUCUGAGACAGAUUACGCAUUAAUUGAUGCAUUGAUCCUUGUAGAUGAUGCUGCUUUUUCAUCAGACAUAAAUAAUAAAAUGUUUCUAGAACUCGUCUAGAAAGAUAAGGAUGGAUUAAGUUGUAUACAAAAACAACACCCUGAACAUGUUCUGUCAAUCAGUUGUUCGUUUUCAUAUUAAAGUUUCCUCAAACCAAAAAAUAACACUUAUGGUUGUGAUUAUCUUGUGCAUAUCUUUUUAUUAUCAAUUAUCAUAUCAUUUAUCAUGUCAUUCUAUUUUGGUUACUUUCAAUGUACUCGAAAUGUCUUUUAUAUCGUUACGUCAUGUACAUUCGAUUGCGAUUUAUUGAAAUAUAUUUACUAUUCAUAAUUAUGUUAUGGCUAAUGUAUUUGAUGGAACUAUUUCUGUCGUCAAUCUGUAAAAAGGAGAAUCUGUCAAGCGCUACUUGUAUGUGUAGUUGUACGUGUUGACUACGUUUUGAUUGUUCCGUUGUCUUUUGGUUAUUAUGAAUAACCAGGAAAUAUAACGUCAUAGUUUCCUGGGUCUAAACUUUUAAAGGCGUUGCUAAUGGUGUAGCAUUUAUAAGGUACAUGCUACUUUUGAAGUUGAUUAAACUUUUUGUUUAUUUUCGUAAAUAAUAUAUUUGAUAUGAUGACUAAACUGAUUAUUCCGGAAAGGCCAAAUUAUACACAUACAAGUUAGUAUAUUUUUUAAAGUAAGAUAUACGGCUUGGUCAGCUGACGGGAUUAUAUCAGGUAAUAUAUUGAAAUGCAAUUAGAGAUUGAAAUUGAAGUUAUAUAAAACGAAGUUUCAUGUUGAAAGCAUAUAUAUUUUGUGCUGAAUGUUAAAGAUUGAAACAUCCUAAGAAUCAAUACACAUGUUUAUUCAUUUUUGCAAAUGCAUAACCCUUUGCAAUUUUGUUGAAAUUUUGAGAAGUGUGACUGACACGAGUGAAGCCAUUGCUGAAUCGAACAACUAACAUCAUCACUGUCAU